CCGUGAGUCGGCCAUCUUCCACUUGGAGCACGCAGCUGACCUGGGCGAGCUGGAGGCCAUCGUGGGCCUGGGACUCCUGUACUCGCAGCUGCCCCACCACAUCCUGGCCGACGUCGCUCUGAAGGAGACGGAAGAAAAUAAAACCAAAGGAUUUGAUUACUUACUGAAGGCGGCUGGCGCUGGUGACAGACAGUCCAUGAUCUUGGUGGCACGAGCUUUUGACACUGGCCAGAACCUCAGCCCAGACAGGUCCCGAGACUGGCCAGAGGCUCUGCACUGGUACAGCACUGCCCUGGAGAAAACGGACUGUGACGAGGGCGGCGAGUAUGACGGGAUGCAAGACGAGCCCCGGUACACGCUGCUGGCCAGGGAGGCCGAGAUGCUGUCUGUGGGCGGCUUCCGGCUGCAGAAGGACCCGCAGAGGUCAGGCGACUUGUACACGCAGGCGGCCGAGGCAGCGAUGGAAGCCCUGAAGGGCCGGCUGGCCAACCAGUACUACCAGAAGGCGGAGGAGGCCUGGGCCCAGAUGGAGGAGUAACGCGCCAGGAAGAUCACCUGGGCCAGUCCCCACACAAGGGCUGGAGGGGAAAAGACCCACCGACUCAUCUAGGGGCUAUUUGGGGGUGUUUUUAGUGUGUUUACAUCAACUUUUGUACAUCAUUCUUUGACUCAUAAAAACGUCUUUGCUAUCAGCAAAGACAUAGCUGUCCCCCAGGGUGUGUUUUGGGGCGUGGGGAUUGAAAAAGCAGCCUAAUGAGCCGGCAUGUGGAUUUGAGGUUCUUUUGUCACAAGAUGCAAGAAAGUGCUUUUGGAAAACCUUAGGACUUUGCUCCCCAGCAUUUUCAGGCUGGACUGCAGUCUCAGCCCACAGGGCCUGUGUCCUGAGUCGGAUGAGGAUGUGUUGCUGCCCGUGAACGCUCCGUGAGCUCUCCGUGGGGCCUACGGUCCCAGCGUAGUGCGCAGCCUCUCCUCAGCACUUGGAAGCAUGCACGGCGUUGCUCCAUGCAAGUGAGAUGGCACAGCGCCCGGGCCCUCUUCUGCCGUGGGAGGGGGAGGGCCCGCACAUGGACUGUUUUCUUACCUUUUAGUUUAAUUUCCUUCCUGAAAUGCAACUGAUUUUCUGGAAUACAGCCGAAUUCCAUUUUGAAGCAUGGUUUCUACAGGGGGCUCUCCAAACAGGUUUGGUUUGUACACACGCUUUCCUGCCUCUGAGUGCUCCGUCAGCGCGUGUGGGAGUGGGUGCGCCUAAGGCUCCCACAGGCAGGACCGUGGCCGGCGUGGCCAAGCCCUCCCUCCAAGCAGCAUGUACUCUGCAUCUUGGGCAGCAUCCACAGUGGCUCCAGCCGCCUUGGCACAGGACCCCCUCGUGUUCUCUCGGCAGCUGAUGUCCAGCCCUGUCCUUGGCAUCUUCUGCUUGAAGCCUGCUUUCCAGUCACUCACAGCAGGUGCUUGCAGCAGCAGCACUUCAGGUUUAUCUGCCACGUUGGAGAACGAGGCGGCAAGAACUAACUAUAAACACUCCUUGACCAGUUUCCACACGGCCAGGCACUGGCUAAUUGUACAUAAGGAGCUUUUUCUUCAGAAAGAUUUCAGCCUGACCCGUAGUUCACUCCCCCAGCCUGAGAGUGGGAAGCUGCUGGACGAGCAGCGUUGACAUGGGAAAGCCUGCAGAGGAUGGUUAAGGCUGUGCCACUUGGCAUGAGCACUUGCCAUUGUUUUUGAGGGUUAUUGGGAAGCAGAAAAAAAAGAAAGAUUUCAGCCCUAGCUGGUUUGGCUCAGUGGAUAGAGCAUCAGCCCUCAGAUUGGCCUUGCUGUGGAGCUGUGAACCUGUGCAGCUGGUUUCAAAAGCCAGAGUGUGCCCGGAAGGAAAAGCCCAGCAGAGCCAAGACCACUGGGGCAGUCCUUUGGCGGACCUCUAAGUGGCUGUCCCUCUUUGCAUGUGGGCUUGUCACGGCCAGUUCCCUUUAGAAGCUGGGGCUGAUUGCUCUUUUUCCACUUGCAGCAGAUCGAGUAGUAGUUUUUUGUUUUAAACCAGUUGCAUGCAGUUAAAUUGCAUAUAUUAAAUGUAAGUCCCAAGCAGUUUUACUGUGACUUAUCUCUUCAGGGUGAUCAAGCCUCAUAUAUCCAUGUCCUUUGUUGUCCUUAAUUCAGCCAGUCCCCCCCCACCCUCUCUUCAUUUGCAAAUCAUUUGUUCCCUGAUCACCUCUCUCAGUUCUUAGUUAUGCAUUAGUGCUUUCCUUUAACACUGGGAUCCACAAACUUUUUUGUAAAGGGUCAGAUAGUAAAUAUUUUAGGCCAUAUGCUCUGCAGGGGCUCAGCCCUGCUAUGGUAGAGCAGAAGCAGCCAUAGACAAUUCUUAAAUGAAUGGGCAUGGCUGGUGUUCCAAUAAAACUUUAUUUUGAAAGCAGGUGGCUCACCUGGGCUGUAGUUUUCCAAACCUCUGCUCUAACCCUUGAUUGAGACCUACUGUGUUAGGCUCUGGGCAUGAGCUCUCACAGUUUUCUGACCUUGGCACAGAGUAGGCACUCAGUAAUUGUGAACAAAUGGAGAACCGGUCACUGCACUCACUCUUCGCAGUUAAUGAUGCAGUGUUUGGAUCGGCUUGAACCACCACCCCUGCAUCUGCACCCACCCGCCCACAUGGCCUUAAUGUCGAAGGUGGUGCCCUCUCCUCCCGGAGGUCGCGAUGGCCUGGAUGUAGAGUUAAGCAAAUGCUUCUCUAAGGACCAUUGAGAGUGAGAGUGAAAUGAUGUUGAGAUCCUCCUGAGCCAGAAGAAGACUUUACUUCAUCUUCAAAACCUAGUUUUGUGCUCUUCACCAUCUUUCCUGCGCUCCGGCGGCCGCAGCCAUGAAGGUCGAGCUCUGCGGUUUCAGUUACAAGAUCUACCCUGGACACUCGCGGUGCUACGCCAGUACCGACGGGAAGGUUUUCCCGUUUCUUAAUGCAAAAUGCUAGUCGGUAUUCCUUUCCAAGAGGAAUCCUGGGCAGAUAAACUGGACUGUCCUCUACGGAAGAAAGCACAAAAACGGACAGUCGGAAGAAAUUCAAAAGAAAAGACCCGCCGUGCAGUCAGAUUCCAGAGGGCCGUCACUGGUGCAUCUCUUGCUGAUAUAAUGGCCAAGAGGAACCAGAAACCUGAAGUUAGGAAAGCUCAACGGGAACAAACUAUCAGGGCUGCCAAGGAAGCAAAAAAGGCUAAGCAAGCACCUAAAAAGACAGCACUGGCUGCUGCUAGGGCUCCCACAAAGGCUGUGCCUGAGCAAAGGGUUGAAGCCUGUGAAGGUUUCUGCUCCCCAUGUUGGUGGGAAGUGCUCAGUUGGCAGAUGAGAUUCUUAAAUAAAGACCUGACUAUAACUAA